CCUAUAACGUUAUAUGUGAAAUCAACAUGGCGCGUUUACGUUUUCCAGGCCGUCCUGGAUGUAGAUUUGAUCGCCUGGGUGUGCGCUAUGGAGCAGAUGAGGCCAGAAAUGCCAACGAUCCUUUGACAUUAUUUGUAGCAAACAUUCAUCGUGGAUUGCGUGCGUUCAGAGAACUUGUUGGUGAUUCGGACGAGGAUGAUGAAUUUGAAGGAUUUACAAAAGAGGAUGUUCGUCAAGCAGAAAAAAAAUUACAAAAGGUGUUGGCGGAAGAAGCAAAAAGUGAUAUUACCUCCCCAGUUUCACCAAAGUCUGGUACAAGACUAUCCAGAACUAGAGAAAGUUUGGAGAACCUUCCAUCCGCCGAAUGCACACGGAAUAGGAAGUCAACACUUGUCCGAAAGUCAUACAAGGAGAUGAUUAAUGAAGGUCUUGCCACACCAUCAAAAUCUUAUGUAAUCAAAAAAGCAAAGGAGUCAGGAUCUGCAAGAGGUGAAGUACAAAAAGAAAUGAAAAAGUCACGGAAAGACAGUAAAUCAACUGAGACAUUGAAACAGAAAGCAUAUAAAAAGUUUACAAUACGACUAGAUGUGCGUGGUAAGGUGGGGAAAAUUGUUCACAACAGGGGAAGGCCUUCAAAAUUCAAAAACUUUGAUACAGAUGAUAUGGAACAGUCUUUAGAAGUUGAUGAAAAUGAGGACCAUUGUGAUUCAGAGAAAGGAAAAAAGAAAGUAAAAGAGAAGGAUAAAUUCUCAGCAGUAGGGAAGGCGAAGCAAUUAUUACAGAGAGCAAAGACCUGUAAAAAAGACAAGGUGUCCCCAGAACAGACAACGAAGCGGAAGAUCUCCGCUAAAAAACAGUUUGUGUUGCCGGUUCAAAGUUCACGGUCAUCUCGUGUAAUCAUCCCAAACAAGAGAUUUAUAGAGGAAGACAGUGAAAACACGGCCAAGGCUUUUGCAAAGCGUCUUGCCGUAAAGGUACCUGAAGAAUCAAAAACAUUGGCACCUGAAUCAAAAUUGCCAACUGAGAUGGGAUUAUUUGCAAAUGCAUCAACCAAAUUGCAGAUUGAAACAGAGAAACUGCCAUCUUUGCCAAUGUCUAGCUUGUCACCAUCAGGAAUUGUUAAACCAAAGUUUGAAGCUUUAACAGGAAUCGGGGGAUUCCAGUCGCCUUUGUACGAUCAGCCGCUGAUCGUGGAAGGGAAGCGAGCCAGAAAGCCAAGCUUGAAGGUUCGAAUGAAAAUGUCUGAUAGUUCAUUUAAAAAGUUCAAGGAGAGGUCAUUAGAGAAGAAAUUAGAAGCGCGUAAAAUUAUUGAACAGGAAAAAGUGAAACUAAACGAACAGGACUACUUACAAGAGGGAAGAAAGUUGUUUUUAUCACCUUCCAAACUCAGUGUGUCCUUAACAUCCAAAUUACCUUCUUUGCCUAUAAUGGCACCACCUAAAUUUGGAGUGGCACCAUUUACAUGUACAGCACUUUCUGAACGAGAAAGAUUGGAGAAAUUAGAGCGAGAGGCACUGGUGAAACGUAUGAGGGGGCACAACAUCUUGCGCAAAGCUAAAUUUCAGCUAAACAGAGCAGCAUUAAAUAGAUCUAAAGCUGAUUUAGCAAGGACAUUGAAAAAGGAGUUAAAAAUGGAGGCCAGAUUACAGAAAAUACAAGAAAGUCAGAAAAAUAAAUCGGCCCCCUCUGCUUCAGGGGUUAGGUUGGAGCAGGCCAUUGGGGAUGAUGGUUCUGAUGGCAAACACUAUAUCUGUCGUAUAUGUGAAAGGGGGAUGAACGCCCCUCGUCGAAGAAGUGGUAUCCUGACCUGUGAAAGCUGUCGAAAAUUUUUCCAGUCUCACUCCGAGAGAGUCUCCAAUGGGAAAGCUGUUCCCUGUCCUACUGGAUCCUGUACAGUUCAUUUUAAAGACAGACCAAUAUGCCAAGACUGCCGCUACAAUAAAUGUCUAAAACUGUUUAACUUGGAAGAGAGAAGAACCUCACUGGAUCCAAACUCUCAGUCCACUGAUUUUUCAAAGGAGAUAAAUGUGACAAUUCCACAGAUCACGUUGUCUUCUGCCUCCCCUGGUACUAGUGGAUUAAUGAAUUCCCCCCUGGGAUCUCUGAAGUCUCCCAGUAUGCUGUCUCCCAUGGCCACUACCUCUCCUCCUGCCACCACAACGACAAGUUCCCCAGAAACGGAUGAUUCACCCAAGUCUGAUGGGAGGGGGCCUAGAAUCAAACAUGUGUGCCGUAAAGCAGCUGUUGUAUUGGGGAAACCGGUGGCCAAGUUUCCAAAGUCUCCAGAAAUUACUCUCAGUGCAUUACCAAGUGGAGAGAAGGUCAAGUUAUGGAAAAAGGAUCAGCUGGAAAAGAAAGAUUUAUCAGAUGAUGAAAUUCCUAUGGAAGACAUCAUCCAACAAUCAGAGGACAACAUCCAGGCUAUUAAGAAAUCUCCGAUUCGUUCCCCAUUAAAAAUUCCAAAAGGCCGUUACGGAAAACGGAAGAUCCGCUGCAAGAAAUGUGAGGGCUGUACCUCGGAAGAUUGUGGUGUUUGCAAUUAUUGUCUUGAUAAGCCAAAGUUUGGAGGGAGAGGAGUUAUGAAGCAAGCGUGCAUACAGAGGCGGUGUAAAUUUCCUCGGUACAGCCGCUUGGCGCCUGGUUCUCUGAUGAGAGCCAGGGACUCGGACAAUCAAAGUGACGGGUCAUCAAUUAGUCCUUACAAGGACGGCUUCUCUUCCAGUCCCAGUCAACAAGCACGAUACAGAGACAAUCAAGAUGAUGCUUUGGAAACAUCGAACAAGACGACAGCUCUUAGUGUCAUUCAAAGAAUGGCAUUACAGGGAAAUAGAUUGAGCAAUGCUGCCAAACUCAAUAAUGACAAAUCACUGGCCUCCAAAAGACCAUUCUCGGAAGUCCUUACCCCAGAGGAUGUCAGUAGGAGGCUCUGGCAGGAAUUUGGGCAUGCUCCACAGUCUUCUUUUCCCAAAUUCCAAUCCUUUUCCAAUGAAAGCAUAAGGUUAUCAAAUUCUUCUCAACCAAAGAGAAUGAUAACAAACUUCAGGGGGUAUGACGGUAGAUCCGACGCCAUGGUGAUGCACUCUGUGACCUCAGCCAGAGGUUGGUCAGCUCAGAGCGAGGGGCAGCACAGGAUCAAGGCUGAAUAUAGGGAAGUCUUUGAGCUGACCAAGGUCUGGUACUCCGGCGUCUCGCUCACUGUCUCAGGUCCCAUGUGUGUUCGUGUCAUCUGCUUUCUAUGUGGCAGUGCAGGAAAACAUGAAAUGUUGUACUGCAAUGUGUGUUGUGAACCUUUCCACGAGUUCUGUCUGGAGGAGGAGGAACGACCCCACGAGAUUCACUCGGAUAACUGGUGCUGUAAAAAGUGUCAGUCAUGUCAAGUGUGUGGGCGCCAGAAUAAUCUUCUACAAUGUGAUAAAUGUCAGAACACGUACCACCCUGAAUGUUUAGGUCCAAACUACCCAACAAAACCGUCCAAGAAGAAAAAUAUAUGGAUAUGUACAAAGUGUGUGAAGUGUAAGAGUUGUGGGGCCACCACACCUGGCUCUGGGUCGGCAGCCACCUGGAUGUACGACUUCCAGCUCUGUUACGAGUGUGGACAACUGAUGGACAAAGGAAACUAUUGCCCUAUUUGUCACAAGUGUUACUCGGAUGAUGAUUGGGACAGUAAGAUGGUGCAGUGUGCAUCCUGUGAGAGCUGGGUGCAUGCCAAGUGUGAGGAACUCACAGAUGAAAUGUAUGAGCGCAUGUCUGUUCUCCCGGAUGAUGUCCAUUACAUCUGUAAGAUUUGUUCCCCACGAGGCCCUCGGCACUGGGAGGUGGUCCUAAAGGACUCGUUUCUAGACGGUCUGAAGUCUGUCUUUAACACAGUCACUCAGGCCAAGUGUGCCCAGCAUCUUCUGCAUAUUGAAGAAAAGAAAGUAAAGGAGCUAGAGGAGAAACUGAAUGAGCAGAAAUAUGGAGAUGCACUGAAAACAACAAUGGAACUGGAGAAAAGUCUUGAAAACUUUGUGACCUCAUUAGAAAAAGUUCUCAAAAGUAAAAACAAGUCAGCUGUGGAGCAGCAACAGGAAGGAAACAGCUCAGAAAAAGGAACCUCUGUUGUGGAUCUAGUGGAUGACAGUGAAAAGAAGGUGGAGGAAAAAGCCAAGGAUGAUAAAGACGACAGUCUGAUCAGGUUUGAAGGUGACGAAGAUAUGGAUGAAACAAAAUCUUCAGUAACAGAGGAUAAGUCAGAUGUGGAAAUGGCAGAGGUCUUGAAUGAUUCUGACACAAUUUCAAUAGGUGAUGUAGAGACUUUGUCGGCAUUGACCACGCCUGGAGUAUCAAGAGGGGUGUCUCCAAAUUCCAGUGCUGGGUCACCCAGGGUAGGGGCAGAGGAUGUGAGGAUGGGAUCUCCAUUACCCCCUGAUGUCUCAGAAAAUCUAGCUCAAAGAAAGGAAGAGGAAACAGUGGACUCCACAGAGGGAAUCCCUGCCAAUAUCCCAAAUGUGGAUUUGUUGUUAAAUGUGGAAAAAGACGAAGUGGAUGGUUCCAAGAAGGAGAAGUCUGUGACCGGUACAAGCAUUGUUGACAAUCAAUCUAACGAACAGUCUAAUGUUUUGUCUGCGGAUGUGAGGGAGGAAGAAUCUCAAUCAAAUAUCUGUGAUACCGACAGUUCUGUCACUGGUCCGAAACCGCAAACAAAUGAUCAGAACAUUGACCUCACAGAAAAGGAAAUUAAGCUGGAACAAAUCGAAAACAUUAAAGACAUUGAUCAAACACCACAAUCUCCUGUUGUGCAGAGUUCCUCGAAGAAAUCGGGUGGAGUUGUGGACCUGACAGUGGAGAAGAGUGUAUCUUUUCAGUUGUCCACUCCGACCAAAGGUCUUGUUACCCCCACCAAGGCUUUGUCCAGGAGACUGGCAGAAAACCGACUCCUACCGGGAUUCAUCAGGCUCUAUCCAAAGGACUUCAACGCAGUCAAACUGAAGAUGAUUAACGAGGAGUAUAGCUCUGUGAAUGAGUUCAGUGAAGACAUGGCUCACAUCAUCAACCUGGCAUUAAAUGACCCAGAUGAGAUGAAGCUUGUUAGGAAAAAGGCAACCAACUCUGUCCGCUCCAUGUUUGUAAAGCAAAUGGAGAAAUGUUUUCCAUGGUUCAAUGUUAAAGCCUGUCAGAUAUGGGACAAAAACCAGAAUUUUCCACCUGGAAUGUUACCAGAUGCAGUGUUGCCUCCCUUUGAGGACCACACCUAUGCUCAGUGGUUAGAAAGGGAGGACCCCCAUAAGUCUCCUCAACCUUCACCAUUCAAGAGAGUCGGAAACACCCCCAUAAAAAAGAUUGUACCUCUGCCUGUGGAUGAGGACGCAGAGAAAGUCCUGUCCUGUGAUUUAGAGGACUCCGGUGAAGACAUCAGGCGCUGCAUCCUCUGUUGGCACUAUGGCGAUUCCGAUCCCAAUGAUGCAGGUCGUCUGCUGUAUGUGGGUCAGGAUGACUGGGUCCAUGUAAACUGUGCCCUGUGGUCAGCCGAGGUGUAUGAAGAGGAGCAUGAUGGGACACUACAAAACGUCCAGACUGCAUUGUCAAGGGGACGAGUCAUGCGGUGUGACAGUUGUCAGCGUGCGGGGGCCACUGUGGGGUGUUGCACUAGGGGCUGUCCAGCCAACUACCACUUUAUGUGUGCCCGGCAUGAACUCUGUCUGUUCCAGGAGGACAAGAAGGUGUUCUGUCCCCAGCACAGAGAAAAAGUGGAUGGAGAGUUGGUAGCAAAGGAGAAGUUUGCGGUCAACAGAAGGGUAUGUGUAUCAAUGGAAGACCUCAAAUUCAACAAGAAGACGUGGUCCAAAGGCCUUGACCCCUCCACUGUCAGUGUGAUCGUAGGCUCAUGUACUGUGGAAGAACUAGGAAGAUUAUCUCCAAUCUCUGAUACCAAAGACCUACUAUUACCUGUAGAGUUUUCCUCUACACGAGUCUUUUGGAGCACACAAGACAUCAGAAAGCGCUGUGUUUACACCUGUCGGAUUGUCGAGGUGAAGCCAGACAGCCCCAAGAGUGCCGCCAUGCUGAUAAAAGACAUCACCAUCAUCCAUGACGAAACUCAUCCAGACUACGUACCUCUGUCUCAGAUAAACAUUCCCGGAAUCAAUCUCUUCCCGGACAGCCGGCCACGGACUCGGAGUCUAGAACUGAGUGGACUCAGCGAGGAGUCCGGAUUCUCCAAGAGUUUUGAUACAUCCGGUGACUGCGAGAUACUCAACAGUACUCUCAACUCCAAUCAGAGUUUCAGUGCUUCGGAUGUGGGCAAUGAUUCUCUGAGUUCCUCCUGGCCAGUAGUCAAGAAGAGGAAGACCAGUGACCCAGCUGUCAAUCUGGGAGUGCUCUCACCAAAUACUCUUAGGCUCUUAAACUUGAAAGAUCCCCAAAAAUUCCAACAGACAGUAAAACCCUGUUCACGAGAAAAGGAUGAUUUUGGAACUUUGAUAAAAAUUGCAGAUAGACUGAAUAUGGCAGCUGGUGGAAAGAGUGAUGUAGCUCUAACAAUGCCCCGCCGAGAAAGAUCAAAGUCAGUGGAUCGUCUAUUGUCACCACCACCUGUCCGAUUUUCUCCCUCAUUCAGGUCUGAAGGCCAUCAGAGUGCUGGAAACACGAGAACCAAUUCCAGAGCAAACUCUGAGGAGAGGAUGUUCUCUCCCAUACCUACCAUGAGUCUGCAGAAACAACUGUCCAUGAACAAAGAAGUGACAACAGUGAAACCACUCAUAGACGAUAACUGUAAUACCCAGGUCACAGACUUGAACAAAGCUGAAGACUCCAUUGAAACUGGUGAAAGCAAUUCACAAGAAGCGAGUCUAGAGCCAAUAAAUGAAGAAGGGACACCUGAAGUGGAUCCAGCGAAUGAAACCUAUGUUGUUUUACCUGAAGGCUGCUCCGAGCUCUCGGAUGAAGACCUUCAGAUGAUAACGGAGGCCAUAGAGAGAAGUCGAUCAGAGCAAGCCACUGAUGAAAGCAUGGUGUCUGUAGAGUCAACAGAAGAACACCUUGGUGAAAUCAGUAAAGAGGCCAACCCAGAUUUCUUGCCAAUUGGUUUUUCCUCUGUGAAAGAGAAUAAUUCAAAAAUUCAGGGGAAAACAUCAAGCACUGAUGAUGAGAAAGAGUCCAGGGAUUUACCAGAGAAUAUGAAAGAACCUUCACCAAAAGAGGGCAUUAAUGCAGACUCGGCAGUGUCUUAUAAACAAGCUGAUCAGUCUUCAUCUUUGACAAAUAAAGUUCAGUCGGAUGAUCUCAGUUGCAAUGAUGAACAAAAAUUUGUGAAAACCCCAGAUGAACAAUUCGAAGUUGAAAGAGAACUUGGUGUUAAUCAGAAGGAACAAGAAACUCGUUCUGUAAGUGAUUCUGUGGAAGCAAUGGAAGUGACUCAAAAUCAGCUGACCACAUCAAGUCCGGUUGAUAAGGAUGUGUCCACAAUUCAUGAUGUUGAUGAACAGCUAAUGUUUGAAAAGGAAUCUGUUCCAGAAUCAAUGGAAUCAGUGCAAGAGAAAGGCCUGGAUAAAAGAUCUCUUGAAAGUCGAGAAGCUGUAGAGGGAAUUGCUAUAGAGAAGAUGGAUACUGAGAUUAUGGACUCAAAUCAAGGAACAAGCUCUGCUAUAACUCCUACAUCAUGUUCAGAAGAAACAAGCAAUACUCAAGCCACCAGUUUAGAAGUCAGUGAUAAUGUAACACAAAAAGCCAUGGAGUGUACAGUGGUGGCUGACGAACCAUCAUUAACUCCCCCUGAAGGCGUUAAGGAGCAGACUUCAAAUGAAAAAACAACAAAACGGAAUGACAGAAUUCCUGUGUAUGGUCGUGAGGGUCAGCUGAUUGGGUACAGAAAACUCACUGUGGAACGCCCUGACCUUCGAAGGCUUCAUUACACAACACCAAGGCCAACUUUUGAAGAAAUUUUGAGUGAGGCCCAGAAACAAUUGCUGGAGGAAAAACAUGGAGAUGAAACCAUGCCAGAUUCCAGAAAGGGAGAAAUGAUUUUGGAAUGUCAAGUUCAGCCUUCUGAAUCUGUAGUGAUGCAGCCUGAUAACUUCAGUGCUGGGGAUGUUACAGAUAAACAGUCCAGUGAGUAUGCUCAAAGUCUCUUAGAGGCAGGGGAAGUGAAAACAGAGGACAAUGUAGUUGUGGACAAAGAUCUGGUAGACGUGUCUGAAAGUGAUGACAAGUGGACGGAAUCAAAAGAAGGUGUAAAAGUUACUGAAAUAGACAGUACUGACAAGAGUGACAUUGAGAAGAAUGAGAUGGACAUUAAAGUAGAAGCAUGUGAUAAAGAUAAAGAAGAAUGUGAAAAACAGAAAACUUGUGAAUCAGAAACUGCUGACAUUGAUGAAGAUAAGACAACUGCAUUGGAGUCUUCAUCAAGUUCUAACAGAGAACAGAACCCUUUAGAUGAAGUGUCUGUAAAAGAUGCCAUUAUUCCUGACACAAGGACUGAAGAAGAAAAGAAUGAUCUCUUCAAAGGGUUAGGACUGGCGCGGACCCCAGAGGCCAAGAAGACAAAAGCUGAGAUGAAGAAAACCCCAAUCAAGAGCUAUCCAUUACGACGAAGGAGCACUCAGGGUGGUGCAUCAUCGGAAAGGAAAGGUGACCUUCCUCUACAUGAUCAAAUUGCACAAAAGAUUAAGGCAGAAAGCCUAGCCAAAAGCAGUCCGGGAGCUAAAGGGCCAUUUAAAUGUCCAACUUGUAAGAGAUUGUAUCGCACUGAGGAGAGCUUUGAGACACAUGUGAAGACAUGCGAUUUUGAGGUAAGCACCAGUGAUGAAGAGGAGGAGAGUGAGAAUGAAGGCGGAGCAAGAAAAUAUUCCAUGCGGCAGACGACAGUUGUCAAGAAGGUUGUCAUGGAGAUUGAGCAGAAAGAGAGAGAAUCUGAGAGUGCUGCAAGGAAAGAAAGAUUUUCUAGCUUUAAGACUUCUUGUCAAAAAGCUAGACUGGUUCUGCAUAAACUCUCCCCAAGGAAAGUUCAGCAAGGGAUAAUAGCCAAACUGUCUCCAAGAAAAAGGGGUAGACCAUUUAAAACAGGAAAAGAAGAAAUCAAAGAUAAUAAUGAUCUCAAGGGUUCAAAACGCUUCUUGUCUUCAGAUGAUGAGAAGAAGAAUACUGAAAAUGAAAGAAAAAGGAGACAAAGUAGUCAGUCAGCAGAGAGGGCCGUUUCUUCAGAUCGAUGCACCAGGAAAUCCUUGUGUGAAGUGAAAGCAGAAGAUGACAAAACCAAAGAAGUUGAUGAUUCUGAAAGUGAUGUUUCACCAAAAAGAGGAAGAGGCAGACCAAGAAAGUCAUCAAUUGUACCCAAUGAACAGAAUGAGGAAGAGAAGUCUUUAUCCACAGAAGAAAAGAAGUCUUUAUCCACAGAAGGAAACAAAAGUACAGAGUGUGCAGACAAAACUGGGAUAGAGAAGAGAGGAAGAGGUAGACCUAGGAAAAGUUCUUUGAUGACUGAAGAAGACAUUAAGAAAGAGAUUGUGGCCUCUGAGGAAUGCAAUAGCCAGGAAGAGUCAUUGUCUGAAAGUUCUCCAGUAUCUAAAAGAGGAAGGGGAAGAUCAAGAAGAGAAUCUGCAGCUUCAGACAGUACAAGUAUUGGAUGUACUGAGAGACACACUCGGAGAUCUAGCACUCAUGGUAAAAAUGAUGAUGAAUUUGUCUCUCCUCCAACCCCAAAAAGAGGUAGAGGAAGACCUUCAAAGUGUUCUGAUGGAAUUUCUCCGAAGGGGCCAGAUAGAAAGUCAUCCAAUAAUGAAGUUACCCCAGAGAAGAAAACAGGUGUAAGGGGAAGACCUAGUAAACUCUCUGUCAGACAUGUCUUAAGGAGUGAAAGGAAGCUCAGAGAACUGUCUAGUAUUAAAAAAAGCAGGCCUGUGCGUAGAAAGAAAGGAGUUAAUUUGGAAUACCCAGGGCUAACUUCUGGUGUAACAAAGAGGAACGCCAUAUUGUCAAGAAAAUUCAACGCUUUGAGGGACAGCAAAAUUAAAAAGCAAAAGCUAAAACAAGCACUUUCUGUGCAAGGAAAGACUUUGUCAGGAACUGCACUUGAAAACGGCAUUAAAAGAGGAAGAGGACGGCCUCGAAAAUUUACAGCUGGUUCAGCCAAUAAUUCUGAUGGACAUUCUCAGAAGAAAGAACUCAAAAGUGUGAAAAAUGAAGAGCAUGAAAAAGUUAAAGUAAAAACUCCAAAAGUUGACGAGAUAAAAUCAAUCGAAAAAACAGAAGGAAAUUCAGGAGAAAUGGAAACGAAAUCAAACAAAGGGCAGAAUAGUGAGACAGAUAUUAAGGACUCCAUUCUAAAUGUGAUUAAACAAUCCAAUACCUCCUCACUGCUCAAAUGCCCAGUCCCUAAUGUGAAGUCUACUUCUGAACAGGAAGUGAUUAUGAUUGCAGACGACGAAGAUCCAGAAAGUGACAUCAUCUUUUGUGAGAAGACGGGGGAUUUUCUCAAUAAGAAAGACAAAAAACAGACAACAGCUAGAAGCUGUGAGAUCCAGUGUGAUUUGGAUGAUGAUAUCGGUGCUUCCCAAAAAAGUUCUGGAAAUUUGUCUGUGCUCAAAAAUCCAGAAUCUAAAAAUAAGAAAAGUGAUGAUAAAACUGUUGAAAUGAACACCAGUAAAAGUGCCACAUCUAAAUCAGACCCCUUAGGUGCUGAACAAAGCAGAGGUUCUGAAUCCAAAAUGGAAGAUAGUUCUUCCACAGACUUGUUUGUAGAUAGAAUUAUGAAUGAUCCCGCAAUACAACAACUGACACCUAUUCAACUUUUAGAACUUCAAAACAAAGUAACUGAUAAGAAAGUUGACCUUUCCUCUCUGACUAAAAUAGAUACAGAGGCCACAAUCAAGAGUAUAAAAGCUUUCCUGAAAAAGAAAAUAGAAGAAGGCACAAACAAGACCAUGUAUGUGACGGACACAGGAAAUGGAAAAGAUCAAGGUUCAAGUUCAUCGGGAGAAAAGAGUUCCGUGAUGAAAGUCAAUCUUCCUUCAAGUGUGACUCCUCAAGAUAUCCAGAAAAUCAUUGAAGCUCAUAAGAGAGCCACUGGUACUCUGGGUAAAUCUGAGAGCAGCAUAGGCAUCACACCAAUAUCGAGGUCAUCUCCACUCCAGUCCUUGACCAGUCAAUCUACAACAUCGGUGUUAAGUUCUGUGUCAGCAAGCUCGCACUUCACUCAGGCACAGUCACAGCCAAGUAUCUCAACAGUACAAACAAACUUAGCUCCUUCCUCCUCAAACUCAGUGCUACCUCAAAACUUUGAUAUAUCCUCCCAGAUCACUGUUGCAGCAAAUAAUUUAUUGGCAGCAGCAAAUGCUGUCUCUCCAUCUGCUAUGAUGCAGUCGCCAAAUGUGAUUCUGCCUUCUCAAGGUGCAGUGAUAUCCCACUCGCCACCAAAUCUUCAGACGAUGAACACUCUACUGCCCUCUAACCCGACUCCUGUAGCACCUGUCAUUGUUCCAUCCCAGAGUGCCAUUUUACCUGUGAAUCAGCAGCUGCCUAUGAUGUCACCAAGUCCGAUGUUGGCCUCCCCACAACCAGCGAUAGUCACAGGUGGUAUUCAAACACCUAUGUAUUCUGUCAGCAGUACUUCACCAGGGUACCAAGCUUUAUCUUCUGCAAUUGUGACUGUUCCAGAGCCCCAGAAAACAUAUCUCCUGCCCCCAAAUCAGAACUUGAUCACUGUUCCACAAAGUCAAAACCUGAUAACAGUUCCUCCACAUCAGCUGAUGAACCCCAGUAUUCCUCAACAGCUUGACAACUACUUACUGUCACUGAUUAAUAAUGCUGGAAUUCGGGUCAGCCAAAAUCUGCUCAAUUCUGGUGUGUCACCAGUAAUAAACACUACACAGUAUGUUCAAAAUGUUCCACAAGUUCAUAACAUUCCACCACUACAUAAUGUUCCAAAUGUAAUAUCAAAUAUGGGACUUCAGACUGGUAUUCGGUCACAGGGUAUCCAGAAUCAAUCCCCAGUCCAGAUACAAGGGCCAGCCAUUAAAACUGUUCCAAUGAGACCCCAACUAACACCGUAUGUGAAUCAGAACACUUCUCUGGUCGCAAGCAAUGCAGUUUAUCCUACAAGUACGUCAAGUACAACCACAACCCUUGUAAGAGUGUUUGUAGAUGGAAAACCAAUAGCAAUGACCACUGAUGCCUCAGUUUUGAAUGACCCUACUUCCCUUUUAGCAAAACUAAACCCAUCAGCUCUUCAGAAAGGCAAAUACAACAUGUCUGUAACGUCUCAUCGUGUCACAUCGACAACAACUCUCACAGUUUCCAGCAAGGGAAGUGGUACCACUUACCGGGCUCACUGCUCUUCGACCACAGCUAACAAAGUGCUGAGUGCACUUCUCAAAAAUCGCUCUGAAACCUCGCUCUCAACCGCCAUAAAGUCAGGAGGCUUAAAAGGCAAACCUAUUGGACCUGCUUCUUCAGAGAGAAAGACAAUUUUCAGGAAAAUUUCAGAUGCAGCUUCUAGGGAUACAUUAUCAUCUCUCACUGGUGGAAGCCUUCCUUCCUCUUCCAUGGCCAUCCAGGCUGCUUCUCACACUCGUCUUCCUCCAGCCAUAGCUCAAAGCAGAAGUCUUUUACCAGCUUCAAUAAAACUGCAGCGAGAUGAAGGAGAGAUGAUGCCCGACUUAAAAACUUUGGGAGUUAAGCCAUACAUCAUACGCAAGGCUGAUGGGACGAUUGUGAAAAGGAUCAUAAAAACAACCCCUAAAGGAGUUGACAUGGAAAAGAACUUUGCCAUCCAGCCAAAAGUCAUGAAGGCAAUAAUGAAGAAACUUGGUGGUGAGAAGGCUGUUCCGAUUCUCGGGAAACAUGGGAAGAACUAUGACAUGAUGUCUGUCAGAGUCAAGACAAAGGCAGCGGUCAAAGCAAAGGAGAAGAAGAAGAAGCACAAUAGAAAAAGCCCGCAGAAAGUGAGACUGGGACUACCCCAAUCAUCAGGGUUUUCGGGUACCAUGAGCCAUCCGUUUAUCCACUCCCACAAGGAGACGAUGAGUCUGCCCCAGCCCGCCCUAGAGGAGGAGGUGGAGGAGACCCCCCUCUGUCAGUUCCAGCAGGAGCAGAGGGACAAGAGGCUGGGCAAGAACAAAAAGGAGGGACCCAAACUCCAGUUCGAGAUCUCAAGUGAUGAUGGGUUCUCUUGUAAAGGGGAAACAAUGGAGGAGGCCUGGCAGCAGGUGAUAGAGAAGGUGCAGGAUGUGCGAUCUUCUGCCAGAAUGAAGAACUUGUCAUUUACUAAUUUAGAUCCAGACAGGUUAUUUGGUGUGAACUUUAACUCGGUCAUCUAUUUGUUGGAGCAGUUGUUCGGGGCUCAGAACUGUCGCAACUACAACUUCAAAUACCAUCAGUAUGACAUCACAGACUUGGAAGAAGAACCUCCCGAAAAUCCAUCAGGAUGUAUUAGAUCGGAGCCAUACGAGACCAGGAAACCGUUUGACAUCUUUAGUUUCUUGAUGUCUCAAUAUCGCGAGAUGCCGGGCAGUAAAGAAAGGAAGAACGACGUUGAAAUGGUCCACAAGUCCGCUAGGAGGGCUACUAGCAUGGACCUACCAAUGGCUAUGAGAUUCAGGAAACUGAAGGAGCAUGCAAGAGAAGCUGUGGGAGUGUACAGGUCCCAUAUACAUGGCAGAGGCCUAUACUGUAAGAGAAACAUUGAUGAGGGCGAGAUGGUGAUCGAAUACUCAGGGGAGGUCAUCAGAGGUUCCCUGACAGACAAGAGAGAGAAAUACUAUGAAGGAAAAGGAAUAGGCUGCUACAUGUUCCGCAUUGAUGAUUAUGAUGUCAUUGAUGCAACCUUGCAUGGCAAUGCUGCUCGGUUUAUCAACCACUCGUGUGAGCCAAACUGUUACUCGAAGGUCAUCAACGUGGAUGGUAAAAAGCACAUUGUCAUAUUCGCUAUGAAAUCAAUUAAGAGAGGGGAGGAGCUAACCUACGACUACAAAUUCCCUAUAGAAGAGGUGAAGAUUCCGUGUACCUGCGGCGCCAAGAAAUGCCGCAGGUAUCUCAACUAACGACUGUGAUAUCUACCCUGUUCCAUUAGACUCAUGUGAUCUAAUUGUUAUAAACUGAGGGACAAUCUGGUGUCCUUAGUGUCACAUCAACCGGUGCCAAGAGAAUUCCAACCAUUUUGUUAUGCUGAGCACGUACAAUUUUUCUGUUGUAUUAACAUUACAGCGAAAUCCAAUAGGAGUUAGAGUCUCCAUUGAACCAUGUGAACUUUUUCUUUGAUAUCAGGGGAUUUGGGUGUGUGAUUUGUUUUGGAACUGAAAUUUUUCCUUACCGUGUAACCGUCAUCUUUUAAUCGAGAAUUUUUUUGAAGCAUGAUCAUGUUAUAGAGAUAAUUGCAGAUCAAACUUUCACAAAUCAAAUGAGUUCAUGCAAAAAAAAUUAUUUAACCAGGUCUCUCUUACAGAUCUCUGGUUUUUGGUUUAAACAUGUAUUUUUCUAUCACCAUUGAUUGUAUCAACAGAAUACAAAAACAUGUGAUACGUUUAUUUGAUUAUUGAAUUAUGUUUAUGUACAGAUGAAGUGAAUGAUAAUGAAGUUGACUGUUAUGAAACCAAGUGUGAACAUGCUAUGUAUCCUUUUUUUUUCUUUUAGUCUUCAUUGAUAUUUAUUGCUUUUCAUCCCUGGUUAGUAAUGCAAUACCAAAUGUGUUCAUAUGAUUAUUAUAUUACACUACCCACUGUAAAUAUUUUGUACCAUGUGUUUUUGUAUAGACUUGGAAAUGUAAUAUUAUUGAAAUGUUUUAAUUCAUUAUUACCUUGCUUUCUGAUAUCAGCUGCCAUAGGUACAAGUACAUUAUGGUGCAACUGUUGUAAGGAAAGAAUUUCUUUUUAGAUUAAACAGAUUAUAUAUUACUGAAAUACAAAUGAAAGGGCAAAAGUAAAUUAUUACACAAGUUAUGAA